UCGAACUUAGAUAGAAAGAGGCUCUGUUGAAUCCCAAAGCACGGAGCUCCGAUCCGGAUGUUACGCGCUAAUUGUUGCCCGAAGCUCCACCUUCAGCACCAUUUAACUACUACAUUUGCCCUCGUAUCGCCAAUGGUUAUCGCUACACGUGCGCUUCAUGCAAGAGCGUGUGCGACGGAUUCCCCUUCUACAAGAUGUCCUGGUUGCAACAAUACGAUGAGCAAGAAACUGUCAUGGGUCCCGGGACCAGCUGCUGGUGCCGCAUCCUCGGCCAAGGUACCUGGUGGGGAGGGCGGUUACGUGAGAGGCAUGGUCACAUACAUGGCGAUGGAUGGUCCGGUCAUGAAGCCCAUGUCCAGCAUCUCUUGCAUUACUCUCCUCAACCGGUACAAUGUGCACGAAAUCGGGGAUCUCCAAGAGAAGGUGAUCGACUUUGGCAUGGACGAGGCCAUAAAGCUGUUGAAUGCUUCUUUGCACUCCAAGAAGGUGUUCACGACAUAUUCUUCAAGAAGAAGGAAGCAUCUCGCGUGA